AUGAAAGUUCCUCUUGGGAUUCUCGAGCUUAUCCUCCAGAAAGCGGCGGAGUGUCUGUCCUACGAGGAUAUUGUACGAUUCAGACUGGUCAACAGUGGGUUCUCAUCCAAGCUGCAUCUCGUUUCCACACUAAAUUUGUCUGGGCCUCUUCGAGAAAGCGCUAUGGCCAGCGAGUGCACAUCUACAGAAUCAAAAGUCUCUCUUCACAUCAUGGGACACAUUCCCUCACAAGCGAAAAUACACUGGUACUUGAUUGAAGAGCACGACACCCGGCUAUGUCAUUUCUCGUAUUUGAUCCAGAACAUUCUUGAAGUGCUUCGUGCUGCGCGCAUGAGCAUUUGA